GCCCAGGAUGGAGGGAAGGAUGAACCUGGGAAGGAGAAAGCUCUGGCUGCGGGAGAGCCUGAGAGAGGGGAGGCAGCACCCGCAGAGGAGAAAGAUUCAGCUGCUGCCGAGGUUCAGGGUGGAGGAAAGGAUGAGCCCAGGGAGGAGAAGACUCCAGCCGUGGGAGAGCCCAAAGGAGAGCAGGCAGUGCCUGUGGAGGGGAAGGAUUUGGCUGCAGCGGAGGCUCAAGAUAGGGGGAAAGAAUUGCCCAUGGAAGAGAAAUCUCCCGGUGGGUUAGAGGCUGAGGGUGGUGGGAGAGCAGAGCCUGUGGAGGAGAAAGGUCCAGCUGCAACAGAGGCUGAAGGAGGGAAGGCAAACCCCACAGAGGAGAUAGUCUUGGCUGCAGCACAGGCUCAAGAUGGAGGCAAAGAGCCUGCAAAGGAGAAAACCACGGCUGCUGCACAGGAGAAGGUCCCAGCUGCCAGAAAGCCUCAGGACGGAGGAAAAAAAGCUGUAAAUGCAGAGAAAACCCUAGCUGAUAAAAAAAUUGUCAAGGAGAAGGCUCCAGGUACUGUAAAAGCUCAGGAUGGAGAGAAUAAAGUGGUAAAGGCAGAAGAAUCUCAACCUGCAAAAAAGGCUCAAGAUGGAGGCAAAGAGGAGCCUGCAAAGGAGAAGGCUCCAGGAGCUGCCAAGGCUCAGGAUGGAGAGAAGGCAGCAGCGAAGGCAGAGAAAACCCCAGCUGCAAAAAACACUCCAGAUGGAGGCAAAGAGGAGCCUGCAAAGGCAAAAAACGCAGCUCCUGUGAAGGAGAAGGCUCCAGCUGCUGCAAAGGCUCAGGGUGGAGAGGAGGCAGCAGCAAAGGCAGAGAAAACCCCAACUGCAAAGAAACCUCAGGAUGGAAGCAAAAAAGAUCCUGCAAAGGAGAAAGCCCUGGCUGCUGCAAAGGUGCAGGAUGGAGGGCAGAAAGCUGCAAAGGCGGAGAAAAACACCAUUGCCACAAAGGCUGGGGAUGGAGGCAAAGAAGCGCCAGCAAAGGAGAAGGUCCCAGCAGCUGCUGUAAAGGCUCAGGACGGAGAGAAGAAAACUGUGACAGUGGAGUCCGGGGAUGGAGGCAAAGAGCCCACAAAGGUGUCAGCCACGGCUGCUGUGAAGGCUCCAGGUGAAGGGGAGAAAGCAGCAGAGGUGGAGGAGACGGACCAGCAGCAGCCGAGGGACCCCGAGCCCCCACGCCCGGCUCUGCUGCAGAGCCUGAGCUGCCCAGCUGCCUGCCAAAGGGAGGAGCAGCCCUGGGUGGAUGUGAUGGAGAUGAUCCCGGAGGAGACCACAGUUGUGGAGCCGAGAGAGGGUCCGGCAGAGCCCGUCCCUGUCCCACCAGCCCUGGGGGACCUGCAGCCCCCAGAGCCCCCCGCAGGGAGCCCUGGAUCCCCACAGGAGAGGACAUUGCCCUGUGCCGUGGGGCAGCCCCCGGAUCCCACCGGGGCCACAGAGCAGCCUGGCCCCGAGGGGCAACCCUCCUCGAUGGAGGCAGGGCCACCUCCUAGCCCCUACCUCACCCCCGAUUUUGGGAAGGAAGACCCUUUUGAGAUACUGG